AUGCGUGCCAGGGACUUGUCUCUACCUUGGGCUCAUCUCGCCAUGGUCCAUGACUGCCAGUCAGACAUUAUCAUUGUAGACAAGGACAGCAAACAGUACGUGAGUAAGGUCAAGAGGUCGGGAAUGCAAGUCGUCGACGUCUCUAGCAUUGAGGAAAAAGGUAAAACCACCACAAUUUCCACAAGCGCAGAUGAUCCGGCGGUCACCCUUUACACGAGCGGGUCUUCGGGCGCCUAA